AUGUCCGAAAACUCUCACCACCCAAUAAUAUCUGUCACGCUGGGCUUAUCGCCUACGGACUUCUCUAUCGGUCCUGGCUCCCCACCCACAUUCACUAUUACAGCAACCUUGCUUUACGACAAGCCUAUCACAAUUUUGACAUACGCUACGAUAUUCAAUCUUGAUCUGAGCCUACAGCGCAGCAACUUCACCUGUCAUGAUAUCACAACUGGUGACAUCAAACCUGUAGAACUAGACUACACCAAAGGAGGAAGAAGGCCUUCUUUUAAUCGCGAGUCUGGUGGGCGUGAUGAUCGGUACUUUUGCACGUUAGUGCCAACGAUCCCUGUUGUCUUUCAAGAAGAAUUUUGUUUGGCAAACCAGUCUGAAGAUCUUGAUCUAUUUGUGGCUGGACACAAGUACCGUCUUACGAUCAAGAAAGGAGAGAAAGUAGCUUGGUGGAUGACCGGGUCGAAAGAAGAGGUGAUGACGCCUCCAGGGAAACGGUCUGGGCUAGGGCACGCUAGUGGAGGGCCGAUUCUUUUGGAGGCAGACGAGUUGGAGUUUAACGUGGUCUGA